AGUCAAGGAGACACUGAACAACCUUAAUGGGUCCGCGUCGCUGUGGCUUUGGUGUCAAGUUGUAAUGAAGAAGACAAGUUAAUCGCGCACUGCAUUGUUUUGCACACUGCUCCUCCGGCAUCUUGUAUUGGUAGUUUGCUCUGGCAUCGUUUUGAUUUUUUGGCUUACGUAGUUUCUAUUUCUGCUGGUGAAGCAAUUUUUUUCGACCACUCUCUCAUAAAGUGCUUUUGAAGGUUAUAUAUAAGUGUUGCUAUCCUCUUUGUUCAUGGCUUCGGCUUGAGUGCUGAUCCAACCUGUCUUCAUUCCAGUCGCGUCUCGCUUGCCGAUCUUCACGCAUAUUUGUUAUCGCCAUUUUGAUACGAGCGGGUGCCAUUGCCUCUCACCACGAGCACGAAGCUCUUCACCACUCCCCCAUCCUCUACCUGCUUGCAGGCUUCUCCUUCGCUGUUCAGAACCCAAGAACCCCCGGGUAUCAUCAAUCAUGGUGCCAGUUAGCCUUCUGGUCGUGCCGUUGACCAAUGGUAAGGGUGUGGACAUCGACGUGAUGAACAAAUUCAUCAAACACGCUAUUAUCCGCGAGAAGGCCUUGAAAGUGAUUCAGUAUCUGAGUCGGAUGAUCGGUUUCUACAUCCGAAGGCACAAGAUUGGAAAAGAGGCGGAUGAACAUUUCACAAAGGCCUCAAAACAAUUGUCCCUGGCACGGCGCUGUUUCAAAUUUAUGCGCUGGUACAAGCACUUUCUCGACUACAGGGAUGCGCAGAAGAUGUUCGGACCGGUAUAUAUCACGAGGAGACAUCAGCAUUGUCCCAACAUUGACAUUGUGAUGUUGAUCAUCUCUGAACUAUUCUUUGCGCGACAAAUAUCAUAAAAAUGUCAUUCUUCUACAAACUCUGUCUACGCUUUGCCUGAAGUUUCCUUUUUGUUUGUUCCAUUCAGUCACCUCGCCUACGCUUCCUUCUUCAUCAAGCGCAUAGAUACCUUUCUCCCCACAACUACAAUGCGCGCUCUUUCAGAUGAAAUACCUCUUCCUCAUUGAGUUUUGGCUGAAUCUGGUAGCAGAUCUGGCGGAAGACCUCACCAGUCUCCAGAAAUUGAAACUCAUACCUGCGAAGUGGCUUCCAGACAAGACAGAGCUUUAUGCGAACUACUGCCAAUUGCCGCUUGCCUUCGUCGAAGUUGCGGUAUAUUUCUUUCAACAAACAUGCCGUCAACGAAACUCGUACUGCUACUCGUACAACUACCAAGUUGUACUUCUGCGUUUAAAUACAGUCCUCAUCCUGAAUGCUAGUGCAGUACAGUGACAUUCUCUCUCCUUGAUCUUGAAGUAAGUAGAUCGAUGCUGCCUUUUUUUCCUCACAAAAGGACUUUGGGUUUCUUGAGCAAGUUCGCAUUGUCCAUUUCACAUGUUCCAUAUUUCUAUUUCCCCAUUUCUCACCAGGUGUCUCUCCUAAAAAGGCAAAUGGUGGACCCAGCGAAUGAGUUGAAGAAAACAAUGGCGAAUUUAGAGGUUAUCAAGUACAUUUGCGACAUAGGGAAGGGAUUAUUCGAUUGUGAGCUUUCGAUUGCGAAUGAAGAAGUCUUUUUAUGGAGCGGACUCUUGGCCGGACUGAUAACAACACACAAAAAUAUGGUCAAAGUUGUGGGUGUGAACAAGCUACCUGCCAUAGAGACAUCAUCGUCAUCGAAAGUCGAAUGAUCUGCUUUCGUUUUUUACGUAUUUUCCACCUGGCGUAACUAUGGCUACGCCCAAGCCUAGUCUUGCGUUUGAUUUCUUUCCGCACGCAGUUUUCGCGUCUAAAUUUUUCGGCAAGUAGAUAGUCUUAUUGCGUGAGGCUUCGCAUGCGCUCCUCAUGGGCGCUCAACUCACAUACUCGUUCUCUUGCAUGGCUGUGCGAUACGAUUGCAAACACGCUUUUGCUCGUUCUCAGCGACACAUAGGUCGACCUUGAUAGGAUACAAAGCCUCUAGAUCUUGGUUUUCAACGGCAGUCUGCACUG